GUGCUUUCUUUCUGAACCAGCUAUAGCUCUUAAUUGUCUGCUAAAGUCUUUUCCUCUUAGCCAGGGAUCUUAAUUAUUCUGUGACUUUGCCAAUCCCCCUGUAAAUACAAUUCAUCCAAUUCAUUUAACAUCACAAACUGAAUCCAAUGUGACUGGAUGCCUAUUCAAAUCUAACGAACUGCGUUUUUGUGUCCUCAGUUUGACUAUGUGGCAUUAAAGGCGUGAAAAUCCGACCAUGGGUGACUGGAACCUGCUGGGCAGCAUCCUAGAAGAGGUCCACAUUCAUUCCACCAUCGUAGGGAAGAUCUGGCUCACUAUCCUCUUCAUCUUCCGCAUGCUGAUCCUGGGAGCCGCAGCUGAGGACGUCUGGGACGAUGAGCAGUCAGAGUUCGUCUGCAACACGGACCAACCAGGCUGCAAGGCGGUCUGCUACGACCGGGCCUUCCCCAUUUCCCUCAUCCGCUACUGGGUGCUGCAGGUCAUCUUUGUGUCUGCGCCUUCGCUGGUUUACAUGGGCCACGCUCUGUACUGCAUCAGAGCGCUGGAGAAGGAGCGCCACCGGCGACGCAUCCAGCUGAAGGGCGAAAUGGACGAGGCAGAACUGGGACUGGAGGAUCAUAAACGCAUAGAGAGGGAGCUGAGGAGGCUGGAGGAGCAGAGGAAGGUGAAGAAGGCCCCUCUCAGAGGUUCCCUGCUGAGAACCUACAUCAUCCAUAUCCUUACUCGCUCUCUGGUGGAGGUUUGCUUCAUCCUGGGCCAGUGCGUCCUGUACGGAAUCCACCUGGAGCCCCUGUACAGGUGUGAGAGGCUGCCCUGCCCCAACAGUGUGGACUGCUACAUCUCCCGGCCCACAGAAAAGACCAUCUUCAUGGUUUUUAUGAUCAUCAUCGCCGCAGUGUCGCUGUUCUUGAACAUUCUGGAGAUUGUCCACCUGGGCAUCCGUAAAAUCAAGCAGACUCUGUACGGUGAGAGGUACACAGAGGAAGACAGCAUGAUCUACAGGUCCAAGAAAAAGGCCUCCUUGCAGCAGCUUUGCGUCAUGAGCAACGUUUCCCCUCACAACGGACCACUGACUCAGACCUUUAAAGUGAUCCAGGAGGGCGACAUGAAGCCUCUUUAUUACAGCAGUGGAGUCAUCCACGAUCCACCGAGACACAACAGCUUGGUUCAUCUGGGUCAGACCAGCUACACUUGCCCCCCGGCGAGGAUGACGCCCAGGUCUGGAGAGGUUUGUGCAACUCCACAAGCCAGUGAAGGCUCAGAUGUCCGCACAGUGACCACGGACCACCAUCCGGCCUGGAACUCUGCCAUGUCCACAGUGGAGGAGGACACGACCAGCCAGGCAGAAAUCCACGAGGAGCAGCAUCCUCAGCCCAGUCAUCUGGACCCUGUGCAUUCUGGGAGCACCUUAAGGCCUGCGGCUAUCAGAGCCCUCAAUGAGAAAGACAGACAACAGUCCACGGUCAGCGACUUCCAGAUUCCCAACCCCAGAAGGACCAGCUUCAUGACCAGGCCUCCAUCUGAAAGCCUGUCGUCCAUGAGCGCCUCCACCAGCCAAUCCCUGCACAGCUCAGAGGAGUCCGACGAACUAGGAUCUCUCCAGGGAGACAUGCCUAUGAUGCCGCCAGCCGGAGGCCGACGGAUGUCAAUGAGCAUGUUUCUGGAUAUUUCCUCCAUCAUGAAGAAGUGAAGAGACGAGGCUGAGUUACAGCGGCUGGAGAGAAACUGUAUCAGCGCUCCAUCGAUUCUGCGAGCGAGUCACAUGGGGCCAGGAUCGGCCAUGAUGAGGCAGCAGACUCUCUGCGGGCGAGCAGCGCGAUUCGAAGCACCUUACAAAGUCUGCACGAGCCUUUUCCUGCCAAAAGCUGGGAUCGGCUUGAUUCUGUAACUCUGAGUUUUUAAAGUCAAGGACAGAUUCAGUCUGUGUAGAGUCAUUUAUAUGAAAACCCCUUCAGAUUUAAAAACAAGAAAAGAGACACUUGGACAUAUUUAACCAGAACACACCAUCAACAGUCCUCAUGCUUUUAUUUGUCUACAAAAACUGUUUUUUUGUU